GAGAGAGGGGAAUAGAGAGAGAGAGAGAGAGAGAGAGAGAGAGAGAGAGAGAGAGAGAGAGGAGGGGAACGGCGGGAGCCAUGCGGAGGACAGGGGUAGGUGUCUGUGGUGGAGCAGUGUUCUCCUGCUCGGUAACGCUAACUGGACCGGGGGAGUUCCACCUCCUAGUCCUUCUCCUACUAACGAUGACUCAGCUCCCGGUCGCUGACUCGGCUCUCCGUUACCGGGUGGCUGAGGAGGGCCCCGCAGACGUUAUGAUCGGUAAUGUGGCUGCCGACCUCGGCCUGUCCGCGGGCACCGGCUCCGGAGAUGUCACAUUCGCCCUGGAGAGCGGCUCGGAGUUCUUCAAGAUUGAUAACGUUACCGGGGAGCUGACUACCGGGCAGCGGAGGAUUGACCGGGAGAAGCUGUCCCAGUGUCAGAUGAUCUUCGAUGAGAACGAGUGUUUCCUGGACUUCGAAGUGUCUGUGAUCGGUCCGCUCCAGAGUUGGGUGGAUCUCUUUGAGGGCCGUGUGGUCAUCACCGACAUCAAUGACAACACUCCUUCGUUUCCGUCGUCAGUGCUGACAUUAUCUGUCGAGGAGAACCGUCCAAUAGGCACGCUGUAUCUGUUACCCACGGCGACGGAUCGCGACUUCGGGCACAAUGGGAUUGAUCGUUAUGAGUUGAUUCAAGAUGGCAGCUCUUCCGGGUCGGCGGGGUCAGGGUUGGGGUCAGCGAGGAGAGCAGCCGGGGGGCCUAUGGGAAGAGCGGAUGGAACAGGAGGAGGAGGGGAUAGGAGGAGAGGAGCAUUGGAUAACAACGGAGGAGGUGCAGGAGGAGGUGCAGGAGGAGGUGUGAGGAGCAGUGUGUUUGAGCUCCAGGUCGCCGACACGCCCGACGGCGAGAAACAACCGCAGCUGAUCGUGAAAGGCCCUCUGGACCGUGAAGCACGCGACUCGUAUGAGCUGGUUCUACGGGUCCGGGACGGUGGGAACCCUCCUCGCUCUUCCCAGGCGCUCCUCCGUGUCGCCAUCACCGAUGUCAACGACAACAGCCCGCGCUUCGAGAGAGCCAUCUAUGAGGCCGAGAUGGCGGAGAAUGCGCCUCCCGGAACCCCCGUCCUCCAGGUGCGCGCGUCGGACCGCGACGUCGGCGUCAACGGACAGGUGGAGUACGUCUUCGGCGCUGCCACGGAAUCUGUCCGCCGUCUCCUCCGACUGGACGAGGCUACCGGUUGGCUGAGCGUCCUCCACAGGAUUGACCGGGAGGAAGUGGCCCAGUUACGGUUCACGGUUACGGCAAGGGAUCGCGGUCAGCCGCCGCGCACCGACCGGGCGACCGUAGUCCUGGUGGUCCGGGAUGAGAACGACAACGUUCCGGUCGUGGAGAUCAGGAAGAUCGGACGGAUUCUGGUGAGGGACGGAGUGGCGCUGGUACCGGAGAAUGUUCUGGUGGACACGCCGGUGGCGCUGGUUCAGGUGUCAGACCGGGACCAGGGGGAGAACGGAGCGGUGACCUGUACGGUGGUCGGGGACGUACCGUUCACCCUGAAACCAGCGGGAGAGACGGCGCUCCUGCCACUGCCCGCGGACGACGCCUUCGACAGAAACCGUAAGAAGUAUUUCCUCCACACGUCGGCCCUGUUGGACUACGAGGCCACUAAGGAGUACAGCGUGACCAUCGUGGCAGUCGACUCCGGUUCCCCGUCUCUCUCCAGCAACAGCUCUCUCAUGGUCAGGGUAGUGGACAUCAACGACCACACUCCUGCCUUCGCCCAGGCCGUGGUGGAGGUCCACUUUGCCGAGAACAACCAACCAGGAGAGCGUGUGGUCACCGUGGUUGCGGCGGAUUCCGAUUCCGGGAAGAAUGCAGAGAUUGUGUAUUCGUUGGAUCCGUCCGUUAACGGCCUGUUCUAUAUUGAUGCUGAUAAUGGGGAUAUCCGUGCGACGGGGGUUCUGGACCGGGAGGUCAGGGAGAGGUACGAGUUCCAGGUGAUCGCCAGGGAUAAGGGAUUCCCCUCGCUGCAGGGGUCGGCCACGGUGGUAAUCAUGGUGACCGACCGCAACGACAACACUCCCAAGUUUGUUCAGGAAGUGUUCACGUUCUACGUGAAGGAGAACCUCCUUGCCAACAGCCCAGUCGGCAUGGUAACGGUAACAGAUGCGGAUGAGGGUGAGAACGCGGAGCUGAGUCUUUUCGUAGAGAUGGAGGAAGAAGAAGGAGAAGAGGUGGAGGGAGGAGGAGGGGAGAAGAACAAGGGAGUAGGAGAGGAGGGAGGAGGAAGAGGUGAAGACACGUUCUCCAUAGAGAACAACACAGGGACGAUCUUCUCCUCCGUGGCCUUUGACCGGGAACGCCGCUCCACCUACACCUUCCGCGUCCGGGCCGUCGACGGUGGGGCUCCGCCUCGCUCCGCCACGGCGACAGUCUCCCUCAUCGUAACUGAUGAGAACGACAACGCCCCCUCCGUGACCUCACCCACCAACGAUUCCUACACCCUCCUCCCCCCGGCCUCCUCCACCCGGACCAUCGUCAGAACCGUGGCCGCGUCGGACUCGGACUUUGGCCGCAACGCUGACCUGCGCUUCUCCCUGGUAGGAGGGAACCCCUUCAGGCUGUUUGAGAUCGGCCUGGCCAGUGGAGUGAUCACCGUGGCAGAGCCCCUAGAGAGGAGACACAGGGGGCUGCAUCGCCUGGUGGUCAGGGUCAACGACAGUGGAGAGCCGUCGCUCUGCGCCACCGCGCUGGUCCACGUCUUCAUCAACGAGAGUCUGGUCAACGCUACACUGGUGGACGCACAGGUGGCUCGUAGUCUGGCUGCCCCUCUCUACCUGGACAUCGCAGGCGACCCCGACAGCGAGCGAGCGUUGGGGAAACAGCGCCUCUCGGUGGCCAUCGGUGUCCUGGCGGGCGCCGCGGCAGUCAUCCUGGUCAUCCUCCUGGUGGUGAUGGCCCGCCAGUGCGGCGCCCAGGGCAAGAACGGAUACGAGGCCGGGAAGAAAGAACCAGAGGAAGAUUUCUUCAGCCCUCAACCGGCCGUGCCGCAAACCAGGGGAGGGACGUUGGACCGCGGACGGAAGCCCCGCAGGGACAAACGGAACGGAGGCGCAGGAGGAGCCGGAGCCGGUAAUAAAACUGAACGGCCGCUCUACAGCGGCGUCGUCACGGUCAACGGGCUCCGUCGCCACGGCAACGACCACCACCACGUCGCCAACGUCGACGAUGACGACGAGGACGUGAGCAGCGCCAGCGAGAGGUUGGCGGCGAGGUACUGCGCGGUGGACGGAGACCCCGGGAGCCCACGCAUGGGCACCAGGCAUCACCAGUCGAGCCCAGAUCUGGCCAGGCAUUAUAAGUCAAGCUCGCCGCUCCCCGCGGUACACCUCCAGCCCUACAGCCCCCCAGCCGAGGGGAAAAAGCACCAGGCUGUACAGGAGCUGCCCCCCUCUAACACCUUCGUGGGGUCUGGAGGGUCCAGUGGCAGUGGUGGAAGUGGGAACGCUGAUGCCAUGUCUCUGGGGUCAGACCAGUGUUCUGAGUAUGGAUCCCAAACGGGGAAUAAGUACAGCAAACAGGCGACCCUGCGGAGGGUGACGUUCUCCGUGGUCCCGGGGCCUCAGGACGGUGGUUGCUAUGACAGCGCUGCAGAGGACUCUGAGACCCCCAGCAGUAAGGGUUCAUCUGGACCCCGAGUGGGGGCGCUGUCUCUCCCCGAGGAGGGGUACGAGAGGACCACACCUGAGGGAAGUGUAGGAGAGGAGGAACAUGUGGAGAACGAUGCCAGACAGCUCCCAGACGUAGCCCUGACAGGGAAGUGCACUAGGGAGUGUGAUGAGUUUGGACACUCCGACACUUGUUGGAUGCCCGCCGCUGUCCACCCGUCGCCUCGGCAACACCAGCGCCAGCGCCACGUCAGCGAGCCGCCUCGCCUUUCCACCUUCGCCUCCCCUGGCAACGACAACAACAAUAACCAUGACGACGAUGAUGAGGAAGAUAGUGACAGUGAGAGCGCCGGCAGCGCCGGGAGUUCCGAACCGGGCGUAGUCAGCGUGGGAGUCGGCGGAGGAGGUCAGAGGUUACCGUUAGCCAAUGGGGAUCCUCUCGGCAGCCUGGUGGGCAGAAACAGGAUGAACCGGAACAUGGGCGACCACAACCGGAACCUACUCAACCGGAAGAUGACGUCAGCGUCGUACGACACCUUCAGCUCCGCCGGGUUCGGGAGACGCCAUCACGAGGAGGAUAGGGGGGGUCAGGGCAGGGUCAACCCUCCGGAGGUUAUACCAUUAACGAGGACCGGGGACUACAAGACCACAUCGUGCCUCACGCUCUCCCGUAGAGAGGUCUACCUGUAAGAGCAGGAUGGAUGGAUCAGUCCACUGCUGCUGCACCCCUUUGCUGAUGGAAUGGAACAUUCCAUCCCUGUUUGUUCUGAUGAAAUGGAACAGUCCACUUCUAGACAUUGGAAUGAAAUGGUCCAUUUCUGUUGUAGUUCUUUUGUUGAGAACUUUGACCAGCUGUGAAUAACAACAAUAAUAACAAUAAUAACAACACCUUAAGAGGAGAGGACCGCUCAGUGGGUUUGGGUUUGUUUUGGAGACAAGACACCACAUAACUACAAAACCACAAAAAAGGACACUGGGACCUUAGACUCCAAGAAGAAAUGACUAUAAGGUGUAAAUAAAAAAAGAUGAAUGGAGUGAAUUAACUGAAC